UAUAGUAUCUUGGUUACUGGUGUUUAUUUUGUCCCAGUUUAAUCGCCCAGUGUUCCUGGUUACUGACCUUAUGAUAUGUUAAUAACGUUUUAUUUAAUACUGACUUUUGGGACACUGUAGGAACUGAUGUUAGGGUUAGGAGGUUGUAGCAACAGAGACGGAAAGCGGCGGGAACGUGUUGAAUGUUUGUUUACAAAGAAGCUCUCAAAAAUGGCGUCAGAUCAAACAACGUAAAUAGUUUACUUUGCUGAACGUGUGGGAACGAGGCAGCUUUCUUUUGGAGAGAUCCUGCAGGUGGUGAAACGGAUUAACGCUGUGGCUCUGAAGUCUCCUGUCCAGACUCCAUCAGGAUGCAGAGAUCUCAGCGUGUCUACCAGAAGCUUCUGACUGAAGCUGCAGCCAGCCUCAGUUUCUCCCCAGACCUGGUGGUGGCAGGCAGCGUCUCUUUCAACCAGUCCGACUUCCAGCAGUUAUUCAGGCCCAGCGGAGCCCUGAAACAGUCCGCCAAGGGGAAGACACAGGAGGGGAAACGUUGUAGACCUGCUCCGAGGCCUCCAGAGCGAUGCGGGGGUCUACAGGAGUCUGAGGAACAGGCGCCUGUUGAGCUGCAGACGGCAGAGUCCUGCAGCAGAACCAGGCUGACAGCUGGGCACUGUCCGAAGAGGGCUUCAGGUUUAUCCAGACCAGUCCAACAGGACCAGAUCAUCUUGCAAAAGUCAUCAAAGUACCACAAAAACAUGCAGAGGUGGUCCUCCAGAGCCCCACAGAGGGGGACUGGCCUGGACAACAUUUCCACAGAGAGCCUGAAGACAGACCGGUCUGAUCCUGUAGACCCCGUCCAGACUGAAGUCCUCCCCACCUGCAGCAGACCAACGUCUCCACAGUCAGGUUUGGAUCCUGACAGCUGGUUGGCAGCACAGCGUGCAGCUCUGGACGGAGACUACAGUCACAGCGUCAUCCAGAGACUCGUAGCUCAACUCUUCCUCUGCCGGGACGAGCAGACAGACAGAGAGGAACAAGCUGUCGACAGCCAGCUGGUUGUUCCACUGCUGAGCUUCAUCAGCAGCCAGACGACUCUUGUGCGCUCGCUGCUGGCUGAGAAGCUCAACAGCUCUGACUGGAGGGACAGACUGAUAUCCUGUAGUACACUCGGCAGCCUCAAAGGACCCACUAACAAGGAUGUGGUGCAGAAGCUGAGCGACCUGAUGUGUAGCGACCACAGUGACACAGUCCGCCUCGCUGCUGCCGAGACGCUCAUGAAGCUGGGGAAGAUGCACCAAGUCCACACUGAGCUCAGGUUAAAGUUUGAGGAGGGGCAGGGUCUCCAGGGCCGGAUGGAGGCUCUGGGUCUAAUCAGCCAUCUGAAGUUAACGACAGCGACGCUGCUGGAGCCGCUCGUCAGCUGCCUCGGUGAUGAGUUCACUGCCGUCCGUAAACAAGCCUGUCUGACAGCGGCUUCUCUGCUGCUGAAGGACGACACGGUGGUGAAGCGUCUGCUGCAGGUGGUGGAGAACGACGCAGCUCGAGAUGUUCGACUGUCGGCCAUCAGAGCAGUGGAUGCGUUGGGUUUGUCCUCCCUGGACGUGCAGGAGACGCUGCUACGCUGUGUGGAGACGGAGGAGGAGGCGGAGCUUCGUCUGGCUGCCUGCCGCCUGCUGCUCAGCGCCGGCGUGCCCUCCGCCAGGCUGCAGGACUUCCUGCUGCAGCGCGUCAACGUCGAGUCUGACUGGCUGGUCUGCAGGACGAUGAAGGAAAUGCUGCGUCUGUGUGACGGCGGCCAGCAGGAAGAUCUCUGCCCGCUGCACUCAGUCAGCCUGCAGGUGAAGCGUCUGUGUGAGAAGAGAGUGAUCACGGAGAAGCUGCUGCUGCUGGAGAAGCUGCAGGCCGGAGGAAAGCGGCGCCUCGGCCGCGGGACGUUAGCGCGGCUGCUGAGUCAGCAAUACAAGAUCGGUUCCCACGAGACAGCUGAUCGGGAUAAAUAAAGGUUCAGGUUCCUCCACGCUAA